AUGUCGACCCAGUCCAAGCGAUUGAACGAUCCAACUGUGGGUUCAUCGGUGGCCCAAUCCACCAAUGGUGAGGCUCGAGAAGCCCAAAUUCUCCAGCAGACACAGAUGCAAAUGAAAGCACUAGCCCAGGCCAAGAAGGAAGAGUUCGCCAAACUCACCCCACAGCAGCAGCAGAUGCUUCAGCAACAGCUGCGGCAACAGCAUUUGCGAAAUGCAAUGGCUCAGAGCGGGAUUACUGCACAGGUCGCCAAACAGGCGCAGAUGCAGAAUCUGUCUCCACAACAGCAGAGGGCACUUGUUCAGCAAGCGCUUCGCGAAAAGGUGCGGAAUCACAGGUUCGCCGAGACAAGCGAGGAGAUUUUGAAGAAGUACGAUAAGUUUCCAGCCUCGCUGGAAUUCCACAUUCACGAGAACCACUACAGGUUUGGUAACCAGGACACGGUGAUACCGAAAUCUUCCAGCAUGAUAAAGCACUUUCUACAGUAUGUUGCAAGAGAAGAGAUCCCUCAUUCGCUGGUCGAGGUGAUCAAGGAUGGAAGUAUACAGUUGUAUGAGGGAAAUGUGAUACUGAAGGUGUACGACCAUCGGAACCUGGUUGAAGAGAAAGUGGAGGUCCCAGUGAAACCUGAUCAGACGGAAGCAAAGGCAGACGAAACCAAAGAUAAAGAUAGCCAGUCUGAGUCCAACCCUUCUGCCAAUGGUACUGAACUCAAAAAAGAAGGUUCCACCCCAGCAGCAACCGUGGUUCAAGUCAAAAAGAUACCGAAGACUUACAAAACCGUCCUGCGACUAACGCAGCUGUCGCUGUACGCGGACCUACUCUACCAGACAGACUCUCUUCAGUUGAGAUUCACUGACAAUCUGUCCCUGAACUUGGAGAGCGAAAUCGUCUCCAUCACCAACAGGAAUGUGAAUCUGCACGUUCCUCUGAACCCGUACCAUUGCGACGAGAUGCUUCGAACAGAGAGCAAAUAUCCUUAUUACGACGAAGAAGCCGACUCUCUCGUGCACAAUUACAGAGAGGAUUCGCGGGGCGAAGAUCUGAGCAUUGAUGCAUACAAGUACAAGUCUCUUCACGAGGACCUGCCUCACCAUAACUCCAAGUACGAGCAGAUUAUGUUGAUAUUGAAGGACCGCUUCAAUCACAACUCGCAAUCUCAGGAUGCCCAAAACGACGAGGCUGGUCAAUUCUUGAGACUGAGAUUCGUGGAGUCCUGGCGUCGCAGAAGAGAGCUGAUGAAGCAACAAGCUGUGGAUCUCAGUAUUCAGCACAGGAACAUGCAACAGGCAGCUGCUGCCAAUGGUGGAGUGAUGCCUCAGAGUGGAGUCAACGGCAUGUUUGGUGAUAUGACAAUGCAAGAGAGAGUUUUGCUGAAUAAUGAGAGAAUGCUUGAGAGACACCAGAAGGAGCAGAUGGCAGCUGCAGUUGCGCUUCCUCGCAAUAUCAACAACGGUAACUCGUCUCCAGCCUUGAACAGUCCAAGCGCGGACGGAAUGGCUUCGAGUACCGGCUCUCCGGCCUCUUCUAGUCCUGCUAACUUGAAGAAGGUUACUCCAAAAAGACAGAGGAAAGUUUCUGUGAAGAAGAAUGUGGCUGGAAAGACCGUUCCCGGACAAUAUGCUGGCAAAUCCACUCCCGGAUCGCCCAGUGGACCUCCAGAAAAGAAGAAAAAGACAGCUUACAAGAAGAAGAAGGAUUCUGAAAGUUGA